AUGCAAGCCGCAGAUUUUUUCAUAAUGUCGUCAAAUCGUUUAUCUCCUGUGCUAAUCAUUUAUAAACAGCUUAUUCGUGAGAGUCAAAAAUUUACACUUUAUAGUUAUCGUGAAUAUUUUAUUCGACGUAUUCGAGACGAAUUUCGACGUAAUCAAGAUUUGAAAGAUCGAUCAAAAAUUGAUUUACUAUUGAAAAAAGCUCAUUCAAAUCUUGAAAUAAUUCGUCGUCAGGUCAUUGUUGGUAAUCUCUAUAAACCACAAUUAUCCGUUAUGGAAUUUCAGUCUGAUAGAAAAUGA